AUGGUUCUUGAGUUGGAAAACGUUCAAUACACGACAUGGGCGGAGUUGUUCAAGAUCCAUGCUCGUUCUCAUCGGGUCCUUCAUCACAUCAUCCCGUCGGUCCUUGUUCUACUUUCGCCAUCGAUGGAUGAAGAGAAAGAUAUGUGGAUAACUCCCGAUGCCACUGUCCUUCAGUGGAUCUAUGCCACAAUCUCACAGGAUCUUCUUCACACGAUCUUGGAACUAGACUCUACAGCUGAGCAAGCCUGGACACGACUACGUGGGAUUUUUCAAGAUAACCGUCAUUCGGCUAUCAUGGAAGAUUUCCACAACUAUCAUGGAAGAUUUUCAUAG